AUCUUUUCUUAUCAUGUAGGGUUUUGUUCCCUCUAAUUGAGGGUAUUGCUCUUCGCUACAGUGGAAGAGCACCUCUUUUGUUUCCAUAUAUUCCGUUGUGAGAUUUGUCAUGGCACUUGUGGAUCUGGCUUCGCCGAUCGACACCGCUCUGCCGCGAAAGCGAAGGGCAAGCGACCAAGAUGAAUUGGUGCCAGUGAAACGGCCUCGCAGCGAGGGACCUACUGCGAAGGAUAUCCCUGCGCCUGAACUGGAUCACAAUUCGAAAUCGGAGCUGGUCUCCGUUAUCCAAUCUGCAUCGCCGAAUCCUUCUCCACCUUUGAUACCUUCAAAAUCCGGAAACUCAUCUCCUCGAAAACCGCCGUCAGAACAGAAGACUCAUUUCUGCCCUUACGAAAAUUGUGGCAAGUCAUUCAAUAGACCCGCGCGGCUGGCUGAACACAUUCGCUCUCAUACCAACGAGCGACCCUACAAAUGUUCCCAUUCUGGAUGCGACAAAGACUUCCUUCGAGAGACUCACUUGAACCAUCACGUGAAGAGCGCUCAUUCGGACGUUCGGGACUACGUCUGCGAUUGGCCUGACUGCGGAAAGAAGUUUCUUACAGCGACUCGGCUUCGGCGACAUCAGGCGGCCCAUGAGGGACGAGAAAAGUACCGUUGCACAGGCUAUCCGCCUUGUAACGAGACAUUCCGCAAGCAUUCGACGCUACAUCGUCACAUUACUACCACGCAUCUUCAUCAAAAACCGUUCAAAUGCACCAAGCUGAAUAGCAUCAGUGGCGAGCCCUGUACAGACGGGUUUGACACGGUUGGAAGCCUACGAAAACAUGAAGCUCGAGUCCACGGCGGGAAACGGUUUUGGUGUACCGAAUGUGACCAAGCGCUGAUGUCGGAGGAGGGACUGGCUCCCGAAGAAGGGAACGACCCAAGGUCUGACCAUCAUCGGGUCGGUUUUGAGACGUAUGCACUGUUGCAGGAUCACAUGCGCGUUGUGCAUCCACCUAGCUGUCCUCACUGCACACACAUGUGCAGCAGCCAGCGGGAACUUCGACGACAUAUUGAGAUUUAUCAUUCGUCGGAAGGACUGGAUGAGCGAAAAACCCAUCUCUGCGAGUACCCGGGCUGCGGGCGCGGCUUCACCAAGAAAUUCAAUCUGACAGUCCAUCUUCGUACUGUCCAUGGUGGUGAGCGACGCUACGUGUGUGGGGAGACUGACCUCAGCGCGGCCAAAGGGCUGGAGGCAUGGGACGGGCAAGGGGCAUGCGGUCGUGCAUUCACUUCCAAAGGUAGUCUUGAGGAACAUGUACGCACGCAGCACCUGGGAUGGGAAAGCCGGAAUACCGCAAAGAAGCAAAAGAGGAUGAGCGGGACUGGUUUUGCCUCGAGCGCAGCGACGGAUCCUGCCGUCUCCACCAUCACUAAACUCACGGGAGCCGGUUAUGCAACGGAUAGCGGCCGAGACAUUGCGUGUCUCGAACCGGGGUGUGCUUUCCGAUUUGUACGGCAGUAUGAUUUGGGAGUGCACCUGCGCAACGUCCAUGGAGUUUCCGAUGAAGAUAUCAAUGAUGCGCUAGCUGAAGCAGAAGCACUCUCGGGCGGAGACUUUUGGACGAGUGGAAAGACGUUUGUCGGACUGACGACCCCAUGGGACGGGCAAGCGUACUCACCCUUUGUUGAUGCCGGAGAUUGUGCCGGAUUGUCGCCGUCAAAUGUCUUGCAAGAAUCAUCGUACCACGAAGACGAUCCAUUUCCUGGCUACGAGGUGAAUGCGGAAAUAGGGGGUGAUAACCACCAUUUGCCGUUGUCUGCGCUGGAAAGAAUGCUUGGUGAGACGGAGCGCCAACUGCGCUCACCAUCGCACGACCCCUAUAUUGACCCGGCGCUUCAGUCUAUCUAACCGACGGCAAAACUAAAAUAAGUGUAAUAUAUACCCUGUAGACUAGUGGGGCGAACUUGGACCUUAAUCUUCCGAAACCUGUCGGCAAUUACGAGGCGUCCUGUGUUACUAACAAAAAAAUUAAUAGAGACUGGAACUUUGAUUGUCCAUGGAAUUUUCCUUUUGCCAGUCAUUGGAAAUUUCCACCAACUCUUCGGUUUGAGUGAGAGGAGAAAUCAUGUGAAAGUGCUGGCGAUCGACAGGGUUUGUUGAUGACAUAAGCAGAUGACCGGGAUGUUUCGUCUGGUCCUGUCCUUGUUGACCGACAUGUUCUGUACCAGGACCUCUCGCGAUCCAACAA